CCUGCCAAGCACCGCGCAGCCGCCUGGCUCCGCCGCGGGAGUAGCCGGUGCAGGCCUCCGCGCCGGUGCGGGACCCAGGGCUCCGCCGCGCUCGCCCAGCCCGACCCCGGGCCGCCGGACCGCAGCAUGCGCGCCGCGCCACCUCCCGCGCGGCUUCUGCCGCUGCUGGUGCUGCUCGCGCUCCUGGCCGCGCCCGCCGCCCGCGCCAGCAGAGCCGAGUCCGCCGCCCCGCCGCAGUCCGGAUCCGAGCGCCAGCCGCGGCCGCCGCCCGGCCCGGGGCCCGGGAACGCCACCGGGAUGGGCUCCGGGGAGGCGGCGGGCGGCGGCGGCAGCGCCAACAGCAGCGGUGACGCCCUGGUGACCCGCAUCUCCAGCCUGCUCCGCGACCUGCCCACCCUAAAGGCGGCUGUAAUCGUGGCGUGCGCCUUCUCCGCCUUCCUCAUAGCCUGCCUGCUGCUGCGCGUCUUCAGGAGUCGCUUUGCCAGACAACAGAAAGAAUGUGGAUCCAAGGCAACUGUUACAAUUAGAAGCAAAGAAUGUGUAUCGUGGUCGGGGAAGAGGUUGAAGAAGACCCGCAAGUAUGACAUCAUCACCACUCCAGCCGAGCGAGUGGAAAUGGCCCCAUUGAACGAAGAGGAUGACGAGGACGAGGACUCCACAGUAUUUGACAUCAAAUACAGGUAAAACCUGUUCUCCAGCGUGUUGGCAUCCUGUGGCUGGUCGGCUGAAGCUGGGGGGUGUGAAGUAUCUGGAAGCUGUCCUGUCCGAGGUGUUGAAACCAAAACAAACAUUAUUUAUGAAACUCUGGCACAGUUGUGUGUAGAACGUCGGCUCCGAAUGUCACUGCAGGAGACACCACCCUCUGGACGCUCCUUUAAAAUGUCACCCUUUAUUCCCUCCUCAAGAGGGCUUUUGCCUUGCUAAGGGGCAAGGGGAAACGUGCUGAUUUAAAAAAUAAUUUUAAAGCAACUGCCAACAAAAGUAAAAGAGAUCAGAAGUUAUCAAGAACCUAAGAAAAGCCUAUAUAUUCAGCGACAUAUUUAGGGUUUCUGACAGUCUGCUCUCCUGGAUCUACGAACUUUUAGAUGUCUGACCCUUUGUGGUCUUUCUGGGCUUGGUCGAGUUCUGGCCUUUCGUUGGUGGUGGCUGCGUGAAAGUUCAGAGUGCAAGGGCUCAGAGCUGCUCAGCUUGUAGCAGAUGUAAACACGUCCUGUGGCUCCUUUUCUUUUCCUUUUUCGAAAGGGUUCAGCAGAAUUAGGCAUGGCUAGCUCACAAAGAAUUCUGAAUAUCAGGGAGAAACCUAGACCUGUGUGUGUGCAUGUGUGUGUGUGUGUGUGUGCAUGUGUGUGUGUGUAUGUACAUGUGAGAUAAUUUCUCCAUCUCUAAAGAGAAAAGAAAGUGUUUGGCAGCCUUUGCUUAGUAACAUCCAUUGUGUGUUUCUCUGCCCUAUCACCGUUCUACAUUGUUGGUCUUAGAAAUGGAAUUUUAAAACAAUCACUGUGAUAGUUUAAAUGAAUGGUGAUUUGGUUGGCUGAAAAAAGCCCACUGCCAGGGACUACGUUUGCAGUUGGUCCAGGCCAGACUGGCCUAGGAACCCACCUGGACCCAGGAGGUUACUGCAGGAAGGCCCCUCGCACAGGUAGGGUUGGGUGGUGGCUUAUCUUGCAGCUCGAGUGCCACUUGCUGGAAGCAGGGCCUCGGGCUGACUUCUCAGGAUGAUAGAGGCCUCCCAUUUCACUGUUUCCCCAGGGUUAUUUGCUGCAAUGGAUAUCCUUCUGCUAAAGUCUCCUAGCAGUGCCUUUGGGGGCGGGCUACUCAGUUCUCUCUGGAAAGGUGUUUUGUAAUUUUUUUAAUCUCCUCUUUUCUGGCAUUCUGCAGGGUUUGCAAAUGUGCCUGUUUAUUGUCUGCUCCACUGCUUGGGAUGAAAACUCUGGCCUUUCCCUAUUCGACCCUAUUUUCAGAUUUUUCAGUUUCCUGGGAAGGGGCUGCCCUGCUUUGGGGUCCCCUCGUUCUCAAGGCCAUCAGGGUGGCACUUUGGCCUCUGCAGAAGAGAGGGGCGGCCACUCUGAGGACAGAGUCCUGCUGGUCCUUGGCUCCCUCCCGUGAUUGUGCUUCUUUUGUUGACUUUCCUUCUCCCUUUCUCCGCCCUGUUUGCCAGAGGGGUGGGCGUGCUUUAUCUGUACCCUCCACCGUGUCCUCAUGGGCCAGGGUGGUGACUAAACGGGAUGGGCCGCCUAGCAGCUGUGCGCUGUCCGGACCUUUGAACUGGAACCGUGGCAACCGCGUCUGAACCAUCUGUGGAGAAGCUGGAUUCUUCUGCCUGACGCAUGAACGCCGGCCUCUGUCUGCCAGGUGCUCAUCACAGGGCCUGGCAGAGGUGGCCACCAAGAAUGACCUUCCAGAUGCCACAGCUUUGGCACUAGAGGCUCUUAAAUAAA